GCGCCUUUCGCGUCCGCGAGUCCUUGUUUAUUUCCUUGCUCGAUUAACCGCUGGAAAACGAUCUUCUUUCGUUUCAGAAGCAAUUCCAUUCUUUUGGAAUCCUAAAAUUCCCAACCUCCUCCUUUUCGUCAUUCUCAAUCUUCUAAUUCGAUAGAAUACAUAAUAUGAUUUCUUCGAUAACAUCUCCUCGCUCUCCAAUUCUUCACAGGUGAUCGAUCUAUAAUAAAGAAUCCACCCUCCCUUCAAGAAACCCUCCUCUUUGCCUCUAUUUAACCCCCCUCUAUCUCUCCCUUUUUCUCCUCCAAUUCCUCCCAGGAAUGAGCUAUCUCAAGGGCCUUUUUGAUUCCUUCUCCAAGUUCUUCUCCGGCGUGCGCCCCUCCGAUUCUUCUGAUCCCUCUCCGUCUCCGGCCGCUGCGUUUGAUCGGACAAUGGAAGGCUCGGCCGCGGGGCCGUCGGUCGUCAACGAGAGGGUCGUGCUGAAGCUGAAGGGCUACUUUGAGCUGGCGAAGGAGGAGAUAGACAAGGCAGUGCGGGCCGAGGAGUGGGGUCUUGCGGAGGAUGCCAUCGCCCACUAUAGGAAUGCGCAUCGGGUGAUGCUCGAAGCGAAGGCUGCGAGAGUCCCUGCGGCUCUCCCAUCCAGUGAGAAUGAUCAGGUGAAGGCUUAUCAGCAAAAGAUCUCAAAAUGGCAGGAAAAAGUUGCGGAGAGACUACAGGUUCUGGGUCAGAGAACAGAAAAAGGACCUGAACUGUGUGCUUCAUUCUUGUGGUUGACAGGCAUGGCAACAAAGAAGGCUUCCCCAAGCCAUACUCUAGUGAGAACAGUCUCAUCAACAACAACUGGUGCAAAGAAACCUGUACCACAGAACUUGCCCAGUUUAAAGAAUACUCUAACAACAGGGAAUCAGAAAAAUGGUAAUGGGGGUGCAAAAUCUGCUCAAGAUGCUUUGAGUGGCUAUGAUGCCCGGCUAGUUGAAAUGAUAAACACGGUCAUAGUAGACAGAAGUCCUGCUGUUAAGUGGGAUGAUGUGGCUGGCCUUGAAAAGGCAAAGCAAGCUCUUAUGGAAAUGGUAAUCCUACCAACUAAGAGAAGAGACUUAUUUACCGGCCUUAGGAAGCCAGCUAGAGGCUUGCUCCUUUUUGGACCUCCUGGUAAUGGGAAAACAAUGCUUGCCAAAGCUGUUGCAUCAGAAUCAGAGGCAACCUUUUUUAAUAUUUCUGCCUCAUCUUUAACAUCGAAAUGGGUGGGAGAGGCAGAAAAGCUCGUUCGGACUCUUUUUAUGGUUGCUGUUGCUAGACAACCAUCUGUAAUCUUCAUGGAUGAAAUCGAUAGCAUCAUGUCGACAAGGUUAGCUAAUGAGAAUGAUGCGAGUAGAAGAUUGAAGUCAGAAUUCCUAGUCCAGUUUGAUGGGGUGAUGUCAAAUCAAAAUGAUUUAGUAAUUGUUAUUGGUGCAACUAAUAAGCCACAAGAAUUGGAUGAUGCUGUUCUACGAAGAUUGGUGAAAAGAAUUUAUAUCCCCCUACCGGAUGAAAAUAUUAGGAGGCUCCUCCUGAAAAAUCAGCUAAAAGGUCAAGCAUUUUCAUUGCCCAGUGGUGAUCUGGAGAGACUUGUCAAGGAGACUGAAGGUUAUUCGGGAAGUGAUUUGCAAGCCUUGUGUGAAGAAGCUGCAAUGAUGCCAAUCAGAGAACUUGGUCCGCAAAACAUUCUUAAAAUAAAUGCGAACCAGGUACGGCCAUUAAGAUAUGAUGAUUUUCGGAGGGCAAUGGAUGUCAUCAGACCAAGCUUACAGAAGAGCAAGUGGGAAGAGCUUGAGGAGUGGAAUAAGCAAUUUGGUUCAAAUUGAAGAUGCAAAGAUUUGCAAGAGCAGAUUUGUUGCAGAACUGCAAAUAAAUAUUCAUAUCAUGGCUUUGAUAUAGCUGAAGUAUCUGUGCGCUUUGGACUAAUCGACUGAUUUCUUGCCUCGCCAAGUUAGACUGGUGACCAUUAAAUUCAACAUGUAAAGAGGUGUUGUGUCUAUUAUUUCUAGACACUAUGAAAAUUGACAUGUUAGAAAGUUCCUUUUGCUGUUUGACUAGUGAAAAAUGUUAUUAUGUACAUAUACAUAAAUUAUGUAAAUAUUAACCUUUUUUUGUGGAA